AUGUCUUGUUACGAUGCCGAAGAUGAUGAAAUAAUUGAAGAGAUACCGGUAUUUUUGUCGAAAAAUCUACAAGACAACCUGUUCCUCUUUCAAUAUCCAACAAAAACACAAGUUUCUAAUUUUGAAACUGCUGCCGUUGUCAAUUGUUGUGUGAAACCCAUUAACAAAGAAGUCAAAGUUGAUUUUGCUCUGGAUACGGAAUCGUUAUUCUAUGAUCGUUUCAAGGGAGAACAAAUGGCUUUGGCAGCUGACGGUAAGACACUGGCCAAAGGCGAGAGACCCACAUUCAAGCGCGGUAUUAUGGAUAAACAGGCAUUUGUGAGUUCCACAUCAUUGGAUGAUGUUAGUAAAUAUAUUGUUGGAAUAUAUGCCGAUAAGGAAAUACACCUGUCGCCGUUGAGUUCGAUUUUACAACUAAGGCCAUCAUUUUCAUAUUUCGACAAGGAAGACAAACGUAACAAGGCCGAACAAAAGGCUCUCAACGAAGAAGACGAUGAUGAGGAGUUGCAACAAGUGACUGUGAAAUUUGCAAGAGCAGGAACCAAAAAGGUAAAGGAACGUCAAGGCUAUGAUAGUUUCCUAAAGAAAAGUGUAGAUGAACCAUGGUGUGAAACCUACUGGCAUUCAAGAACCUCACCAACCGCGGAACUGGAACGACAAAAACUGUUUGCAACUAAUCGGCAAAGCAGCCAGUCGUUGGGGUUGGAAACACCAAAAUAUGUUGAAAAACUUUUACCCGCAGCUGGUCAAGACCAGGGCAUUGAUGCUGUCUUACCGGCACGUGUCAUUAGCAAAGCCAAAUUAAAAUCGAUGCCAUUAAUAGAUCAACUGAAGGUUAUUUUGAAAGAUGCCAAAAUGUUAUCGUUCGAUGAUAUCAUGUCUAUCCUGCAAGAGGGUGUAGACCCAAACAUAACCGUUGAAAAACUUUUAAGAAAUUUGCCCCAGGUGGGUAUUUUAAUACAUGGGAAUUGGGUGCCUCAGUCGGAAAUUUUAUAUCCCACGGAAAUGUUAUCAAAUGCUAAUGGUGUGAAAUCGGAACUUAUGAUAAGGGCGCGUGAUUAUGUGCUCUUCCGUUUUUCCCGUACAAAAUAUUUGUACAGACCGCAAGUGAUUUAUGCAACUCAACUGCCACCUGAAGAGGCUUCGGAGGUCCUCAUGUCGGUUGCCAAAGUAAAUUCGGAAAAGAAAUGGGAGCUUUUGUUGGCACCCGAUGAACAAUUUAUACAACGUUAUCCGGAUUUGGUGCAACGCCAAGAAAUGGUAUGGCGAGCAACGGAACAGACAUACAAUGAAAUGGAUCAUGAGAAAUCGCCGAAAAGAGCCCGAAAAAGGUCACAAAGAGAUUCGAAAACAUACACAUCUUUAAGUACAGCAGAUCAUGCUAUGAGUACAACGUAG